AUGGGAAAGUUAGAUCAGAAAGAGAAAGCUCAAACAGUAGUUGAUCUUCUCAGAAAACAAGCUCCCCUCACUGUCAAACAGGAGAAGUUCUGUAACAAAGCUUGCGUAGAGCGGUUUCUGAAAGCCAAAAACGACACCGUGAAGAAAGCUACGAAGCAGUUAAGAAAUUGUCUUGCUUGGAGAGACUCCAUAGGCACUGACCAUUUGAUUGCGGAUGAAUUCUCUGCUGAGCUUGCUGAAGGCCUUGCUUAUGUUGCUGGUCAUGACGAUGAAUCAAGACCUGUUAUGAUUUUCCGCAUAAAGCAAGAUUACCAGAAAUUUCAUUCACAGAAACAGUUUACUCGGUUGCUGGUGUUUACACUGGAGGUGGCGACUCAAACAAUGUCGAAAAAUGUUGAACAAUUUGUUCUUCUUUUUGAUGCAAGCUUUUUCAGGUCAGCUUCAGCUUUUAUGAACAUGUUGCUGGCAACACUGAAGAUCAUAGGGGACUAUUACCCAGGAAGGCUUCACAAGGCGUUUGUCAUUGAUCCUCCAUCUCUUUUCUCUUAUCUUUGGAAGGGAGUAAAGCCAUUUGUCGAACUUUCACCACUUACUAUGGUGGUUUCAUCACUAGAUUUUGAAGAGUCUUUGGAGUUCGAUGACUUCACAUCAUAUCCAAGGGCAGCAUCCCUUCGAUUUGAUCCAUCAAACGUGCCAGGGUCGAACAAAAUUGGCUCAUGUUCUUCUUCAAGAUUUUCCUUCACUGUUUCGCACCAUAGUGAUUCACUCAAACCUUGGCAUCUCUCAUUCACGGACACAUCAGGAUCUAAAGUGGGCCCCAAAACCUCGUCAGCAGCCCUAUUGGGCCCUGCCAUCUCACCUCUCAAUGCAAGGUCCCACUCCUUUGCAUCGCCCUCUGCCAGAUCAUCAUAUGGAAACAUGCGCACAAUCAAGAAAGGCUUCUUCCCAUCGACCCCGUUGCCACAAAAAACACAAAAAUUAGAUCCAUCGAUGAUCAACCAUCCAAGGACUCCAGGACCCUCGUUCCUGCAAUCAUCGGCCUUAUUCUUCAAAAAGGAUUGCCAAGUCAACAAAGCCACCAGAUGUCGUGAAUCAUUUAUCCCAUUUUUGAAGUUCUAUCGACGACCGUACGAUGAGAUGAUUUACAGAUCAAAGAUGCGACCUCCUCUAGGUGGCCUUAUCUCCAUUAUCUCUCCACAACUCAAGCGCAGACACAUGUCCGUCUCUCAACGAUUUUGA